GCCUGAAAUUUCUUGGGGGGCGACUCUUGCCUGACCUCUUCCUCUGUUGGUCUUCAAAAAAGAAACUUUUGCCUCGCCGAAAAGUUUCACUCAUCCUUCGUCUUUCCUAUUCCCUCUGUCAAGAGCCUCUCCAUCGCGAGGUGCAUCUCCGCUCAUUUGUUUCGAGCGCGGCAUUCGGCUCUAGACUCUGCUUUACCGGGUCGACUUUUUCUUCCUCAAGGCCCAUCCGCCAUAAUCCUACGCGCCUCUCUUCGACUUCCAACCUAGCCGAAAUCUCAGCGCAUCAAUCGCUGCAGUCUCGGACGUCUUCAACCGCGAAAAUCUACCUUUUCAUCGUCACCGGCAUCUCUGCGGCGUUCAACCUGUUCCGGCUUUCCCGCUAAUCGCUACCAUGUCUUCCUACGGUGGCGGCUACAGCUCCCGCGGCGGCGGCGGAUACUCGGGCGGUUAUGAUCGCAAUGGUGGAGGCUACUCCGGCGGUUACUCUGGCUCAAAUGGCUAUUCCGGCGGUGGCAGCGGUUACGGUGGCGGCGGCUAUGGCGGAAGCAGUGGCGGCUACGGCGGUGGUGGAUAUGGCGGUGGAUACGGCGGCGGCUACGGCGGUGGCUACGGAGGCGGCGGCGACCGCAUGUCGAACCUGGGUGCCGGCCUGCAGAAGCAGACUUGGGAUAUGGACUCGCUUUCCAAGUUUGAGAAGUCGUUCUACCAGGAGCAUCCGAACGUCAGCAACCGCUCGCAGGCCGAGGUCGACAAGUUCCGUCGCGAUCAUGCCAUCACCGUCUCUGGCCGCGAUGUUCCGAAGCCCGUCGAGACCUUUGACGAAGCCGGCUUCCCCCGUUAUGUCAUGGACGAGGUGAAGGCCCAGGGCUUUCCCGCACCGACUGCCAUUCAGUCUCAAGGCUGGCCCAUGGCCCUCUCUGGCCGCGACGUCGUCGGUAUUGCUGAGACCGGCUCCGGCAAGACCCUGACAUACUGCCUUCCUGCCAUCGUCCACAUCAACGCUCAACCGCUCCUCGCACCCGGCGACGGCCCGAUCGUGCUGGUCCUGGCGCCCACCCGUGAGCUCGCCGUUCAGAUCCAACAGGAAAUGACCAAGUUCGGAAAGUCGUCUCGCAUCCGCAACACUUGCGUCUACGGCGGUGUUCCCAAAGGCCCCCAGAUCCGGGAUCUCCAGCGCGGCGUCGAAGUGUGCAUUGCCACCCCCGGGCGUCUGAUUGAUAUGCUCGAGUCCGGCAAGACGAACCUCCGUCGCGUCACUUACUUGGUCCUCGACGAGGCUGAUCGGAUGCUGGACAUGGGUUUCGAGCCCCAAAUUCGCAAGAUUAUCGAGCAGAUCCGGCCCGAUCGUCAGACUCUCAUGUGGUCUGCCACUUGGCCCAAGGAGGUCCGCAACCUGGCGGCGGACUUCCUGACCGAUUUCAUCCAGGUCAACAUUGGUUCCAUGGACUUGGCUGCCAACCACCGUAUCACCCAGAUCGUCGAGGUGGUGUCGGAGAGCGAAAAGCGUGAUAGGAUGAUUAAGCAUCUCGAGAAAAUCAUGGACGGCCGAGACACCCAGAACAAGGUCCUCAUCUUCACGGGCACCAAGCGUGUUGCUGACGACAUCACCCGAUUCCUCCGCCAAGAUGGCUGGCCGGCGCUCUCGAUCCACGGCGACAAGCAACAGAACGAGCGUGACUGGGUCCUCGACCAGUUCAAGACGGGCAAGAGCCCUAUCAUGGUUGCCACUGACGUCGCGUCCCGUGGCAUUGAUGUGCGCAACAUUACUCAUGUGCUCAACUAUGACUACCCCAACAACUCGGAGGAUUACAUCCACCGUAUUGGCAGAACUGGCCGUGCCGGCGCCAAGGGCACAGCCAUCACCUUCUUCACCACUGACAAUGCCAAGCAGGCUCGUGACCUCGUGAGUGUCCUCCAGGAGGCCAAGCAGCACAUUGAUCCUCGCCUUGCCGAGAUGGCUCGGUACAGUGGUGGGGGUGGCAGCAGCCGAUACGGCGGAUACCGUGGCCGCGGCGGUGGUGGAUACCGUGGCGGUAAGUGCCGUUCGGCAGGCGUUAAUGGCGCGAACGCUAUGCCCAUUGGCAACCGUCGGUGGUAAAGGACACAACGAACGGUGGAUGAGACACGGCAUGCUCAAAAGGCGCAGCCCGCGAGCGUCGAUUCCCACCCAAAUCAUACCGCCGCUUGGUUUUCUUCUCGACCAGUGGC